AUAACGAGUUUAGCGGCGGCCGAGCACCGCGACACACGCUUUUCCCAUCGCCUUCAUUUUUAUUGACCACUGGGGACGUGGAACGUGCCAGACUUGAGAGAUAAAUUGGUGCAAUCAUCUAGUUGAGCGUAAACAAACGGUUAAAAUAUGAGGCAAUGGCUGAUGGUGCUGGGGUGCAUCUGCAUCCUGGCAAGCCCAGCGUGCUCGAUGGUGGUGCCCACACAAGACACCAUGGUGGUGGCCAAGUCCGAUGACGGUGCUUCUGCUACAAGCACACCAGCCCUGUCUACAAUCGUAACCACUGAUGAGCCAGCGCCUCCCAUCAAGCUGACAGAAAUGGAAGUGACCUCAAACAUCGCCCUGCGGUACGCACAUACCGCGGUGGUGACCAGCGUACGGAACCCGGCCAAGCGCGCUCAGGAGGCCGUGUUCAGGGUACUGCUGCCAGAGACUGCCUUCAUCACUAGCUUCAUCAUGACACUUGACGGAAAAUCGUACAAAGCCUACGUAAAAGAGAAAGAAGAAGCGAAACAAAUCUACAAUCAAGCAGUGUCACAAGGACUGAGUGCUGGCCACGUAGCUGCCAAAGCCCGCGACUCCAAUCAGUUUACGGUGUCCAUAAAUGUGGAACCGAACAGUAUAGCAAUGUUCAACCUGACCUAUGAAGAGUUACUUGUACGCCGUAACGGAGUAUACAACCACGCCAUCAACCUGCACCCUGGCGCGCUGGUCCCUAAACUCACAGUCACCGUCAACAUAAAGGAGGGACAAAAGAUCACCACCUUAAGAGUGCCAGAAGUCAGGACUGGUAAUGAAAUCGAUGCCACGGAAGAGGAUGCGCAAAACACCAAAGCCGUCAUAGAAAAAGCUAACAAUGAUCAUGAAGCCAAAGUGGUCUUCAAGCCCGAUCUUGAUGAGCAACAGCGGUUGAUAGAGAUAUAUAAAGAAAAAUCCAAAGAAUCACGUUCAUCUUCACACUCGUAUUCCUUUGGUUACAGUCAAUCCGAGGAUGACGAUAAGGACGAUACCAGUGGAGUACUUGGACAGUUCGUUGUUCAAUACGAUGUUGAGCGUUCAAAGGAAGGAGAAAUUCUGGUAAACGAUGGCUACUUUGUCCAUUUCUUUGCUCCACCUGAUCUACCACCGCUGAACAAGCACGUAGUGUUUGUACUAGACACCUCUGGUUCCAUGAUGGAUCGCAAAAUAGUGCAGCUCCGCGAAGCCAUGCAGACUAUUCUUAGCGAACUCAAAAAAGGCGACUACUUCAGUAUUGUCGAGUUUUCAUCUACGGUCAAGGUAUACGAAAUGAGUGAAGCAGAUAAAGAGCCACCCCAACAAGCUGAUUACUAUAAUUACAACUUCGACUAUAACUCAAAGCCGAAGUUAGUGCCUCCCUCUCAAGCUACCGCCGAGAACGUGGCCAAGGCUAAGGUGAUAGUUAGCAGACUUUUUGCAAGCGGCGGCACGAAUAUCUACUCAGCUUUAGACGUUGCAAUAGACCUUGUCAAGAAAGGCGUAGGUUGGACUCCAGAACCAGCACAAUCUAAUGAAACUACCACAGAACUGGUCCAGGAACACAUCCCAGUGCCCGCUUCAAAUACUGAAGUUUCAGCAGAGUUUACGAAGCUGGAGCCAAUCGUCAUUUUCUUGACCGACGGCGACCCAACAGUAGGCGUGACAGAUCCCACACGCAUCAUCAACCAUCUCACCGAGAAGAACACUGGCUUCAACAAAGCUACCAUCUUCUCGCUUGCCUUUGGCGAAGACGCCGAUCGCAAGUUCUUGCGUAAACUGUCUCUGAAGAACGACGGGUUCAUGCGUCACAUAUACGAGGCGUCUGACGCGGCGCUGCAACUGCGUGACUUCUACCGACAGGUUUCUUCGCCGCUGCUCGCAGAUGUCAAAUUCAUCUACCCUAAGAAACAGGUGAAGGAGGGUUCUGUGACGAAGCAUUACUUCCGGCGCUACUACGCGGGGUCCGAGGUGGUGGUGGCCGGAGAACUGGAGCCCUCCAGCUCCGAGCUGACGCCCCAGGUAGACGCUUGGUGCGGCGUCGUGGACGGUGAAGGCAGGAAACGCGUGGAUUUCAUACCGAAGGCGCCGGAGCCCGCGAAGAAAGGAGACAAGUACUUGCCGCUGGAGCGACUGUGGGCGCACCUCACGGUGAAACAGCUGCUGGACGAGCGCGACGCGGCUGAUACAAACACUGACACCAGCAAGGAAGACUCGGCCGAGAAGAAGGCCCUCGCUAUUGCCCUCAAGUAUGAGUUUGUGACCCCGUUGACUUCUCUGGUGGUUGUGAAGCCUAACGCCACUGACCAUGUGGAUGCAGAAUCUGUAGAUAAACAAUAUGGAUAUGCAUCAAGUGAUAUCCCAGCUUUCGCGGCUGGGCUGCCCGGUCUGCCCGGUUUGCCAGGCCCGUCGUUCGGUCCGUCGGCAGCGUACGGCCAAGCCGCCGGUGCUCCCUUGCCAGUGUACGCCACCAUGUCUUUUAGCCGCCCGGGGCCACAACCAGUAGAGGACGUAGCGUAUGCAGAGGCGUUGGACACGGAUACUGCUGAUUACAUCGAGUUACGAGCUACAACAGACAUCGUGCCAGUUCACUUACUCAACAGAGGUAUGUUGAUGCAAACGAUUGACAUGAAUAAAAGCUUGAAUCUUAACGCGAACAUAGCUUUCACUAGUACGCCGAGGACGACGAUGAAACCCGACGUCUUAAGCCUCUACAAUCUGCAAGAUUACUCUUGGAUUCGGCCAUUGUUGAACGCCAACCAUGAGGUCACGCUACAAGUUAACUCCACCACCGUCACACUGCACUUAACCAAGGACAACGCGCCAAAGCCGGCUGAUGGGUCAGACCCGCAGUGCGCGGCUGCGACUGACGGAGCACCUGGUGUGUGCGUGUACCUCACGCGCUGCGUCGCCGCGCAAACUCUUACCGCGCAGGCGUACAGCAAUACCUAUUGCGUUGUAAGUGACAAGUACGCCGGUGUUUGCUGUCCAAAAUCGAGUGUAGACGUUACAAAAUCACCCUGAGUGGCGUAGCUGUUUUUGUUUUAAUUGUUAAAGACAGUUAUUUUAUAAGUGACUGAUUCUAAUAAACGUUGUGACUAAAAUGUGAUAGGAACUGACUUUUGUAUGGUGCUAAAUAAAACUCGAUGUAAAGUGAAAUUGAUGAAUUAAAUGGGACGAUCAUAUAAUUUUGCUGCGUGAAAAUAUUUUUAUACUAAAAUAAAUGUCAUUACAUGA